ACUAUUACGAAACUCAGUUAACUUCGCAGUCUUACACCGCUCAUAACUAUGACACGUGCGUAUUAACCCACUAUGUCAGUUCCAGUUAAAUUUUUGUCAUAAAGCAAAUUAAAAUUUCUCGUAACCAUAUCCAGAAAUCUUCUAUUCCACUGAAUCCUGUGUCAAAGAGAUAAUAUCCGAACGUUAUAAUUUCAUUCUUGUGUUCAUCAAAGAAUGCCUAAAAUCUAAUAAAAGGAAUAUUUAUUAAUUGUAUGAUGGCCCGAAUCUACUCAGUCAUUCUAAACAAGAUCCCUCUUUCGUUGAUACCUUAAUCAGGCAAGUUUCCCAUCCACUUUCAUCAACGAACCUUAUCAAUCGUUACAUUCUUUAAUAUCGUGCCUCAAAACAAGCUGCAUCCGAAGAAACAAAUUCUUUCAAAUACAUACAAUGAUUUCCUUCUAAUUGGAAACUGAAGGAUUAAUCUUCCAAAAAGAGAUGAAUCCACAAAUCAUGCUUGUCAGUGUGGUGGCAGCUGCUUCGAUCGUUUUUUUCGGAUUUCUCGCUUAUCGGAUGAGACUACAAUCCAACUAUCCCGAUCUAGCUAACGUGCCACCAUUGGAGGACAACAGUUCUCUCGACGAGGAUCUCAAGGACAUUUUGGCGUUCAUCCCCAUGGCCGAAGUGCAACGAAUCAUUGAAAGAUACAUGAAAUACGACGCUCAGAUCGGCGACACAGUGAGCUUUGUGAACGAUCAGAAGAGAUUUAUCUUACGCGAGUUCCAAAAUAUGCCUGAGGCCCAUAAAUUGAUUUCUUUCCUGCGUCAAAACGGAUUGAACGUAGAUUCUUGGCAAGACAAGAUACGAUAUUUUUGGAAGAUGUCGCCUAGAUUCAUUAAAUACGAACCUACUCUGGCGAACGGAGGCCUGACUGUAAUGAUCAAUAAAAUCUUGGAGACCAUACCUAUGGACGAGCUGCACGAGCUAUUGCGACAGAAAGUGAAAUACUCGGCGAGUUUUCGCAGAUUUCUGCUCGCAUUGAGGUCAAAAGACUUCCGGGAAUUUUGCACCGCGCUCGAAUCCAACGAUGUGCUGCAUCAUCAUUACUUUUGGGCGAAAGAGGGCGGUCUAGAGAUCACGUUCGCGAUCGAACUGUUCAACGAGCUGUACGUCUAUCUUACACAAACUUUGAUCACUUAAGAAUUGUUAUGAAUUCGAUUAUUGAAUAAAAUGUGAUAAACUAUUAAUACA